AUGUAUUCAAAGUUCUAUCCUCGCGUAAAGAAAGAGAAAACUGAAGACUAUCAAUUGUUAGGUGAGCGUCUUUACACCGAGGAAAAGUAUGCCGACGCGGAAGAUGCUUUCCGGCGAGAACUCCAAGAAAGAGAUGUUGAGAAUAGUAACACACGCGAGAAUACAUUGAAUUAUGCUUCACAUAGUGCGCAGUGGCUUGGGAGCACACUUACUCGCCUAGCCAAAAACUCUGAAGCAGAAGAACUGUUACUCCUGGUGGUAGAAAGGCUAAAGGAUUCGGCGGAGAGUGAAGAUAUAUGGAUUAUUACCACUUUGCGAUUCCUCGGAGAAGCAACGCUUCACAAUAACAUGUAUAGCGAAGCAGAAGCAUAUUUGUGGGAUGCACUUCAAGGGUACAAAAGAAUUCUUGGAAAUGAUCAUAUUGACACGCUUGCUGCUGAGUUAUGGCUUGGACGUUGCUGUCUUGAACAAGCUAAAUAUACCGAAGCAAAAGGAUAUAUCCGGGAUGCUAGUAGAAGGUACGAAAGGGUUCUCGGAAAGAAUCAUCAGCAUACAUUAUUAAGUGUGAUUUGGCUUGCAUAUGUCUAUGUUCAACAAGGCAAAUGCAUCGAAGCAGAAAGACGCCUCCAAGAUAUACCUUCCAAGUGCGAAAUUACUUUCGGAGAAGAACACUUGAACACCCUUUGGUGUAAAGAACUACUCGCCACUUCGCAUUAUGAACAAGGAAAUUAUAAAGAAGCAGUAACGAGCUUACGGACGAUAGUCCAGAUACGGAAAAGGACACUGGGAGUGGAGAAUCCGCACACUCUUGCAAGUGAACGGUUGCUUCAACAAGCACUUUCGAAGAAACCACCUUACACCGACAACGAAAUUCUUGAGAUAUCAGUAGAACUGAAGCAUAAAAGUCCUCAAUGGAGCCGUUUCCCGCGGACUUACGUUCUACUACGAGAUAUCGGAUGCUUGCAACACCUCGAUGAUAUGAUUAAAGCAGGGUUCUCUGAUUACAUGUUCCCUGUUACUGAGCAAUCUCUCCCUCCGUUUCUGCAGCAGAGUCAGCGGUCAAAACUUGUUGAUGCGCAAUAUCUAGUCAUGAGUCAGUCAUUAGAUCUUGAAAGGGGCAAGCACUGCUAUUUCAAGAAAGAUGAAUCCCUCCUACUCGAGACAAAACAAGUGUUGGGUAGUGGAGGCUUCGGUCAAGUGGACAAGGUCCUAAGUCUGGUCAGCUACAAAGAAUACGCGAGGAAGCAAGUUCGUCGGAACCGUGUGUUCACAGGGAAUAGGAAGAGGGAUUGCAUGGUGCAGUUCGUGGCAGAGAUUGAAAUCUUGAAACGAAUCAAUCACCAGCAUGUUGUGAAGUUGGUUGGGAGUUAUACUGACGAUAGAUAUAUGGGGCUUAUCAUGUUACCAGUCGCAGAAAUGAAUUUGGCCACAUACCUCGAACGGGUGGAUGACUCUAGACACGGCGAGUUGCGUACCUUUUUUGGUUGCUUGGGUAGGGCUCUCCAGUUUCUACAUGGACAAGGAGUUCGACAUAAGGAUAUUAAACCGGCAAAUAUAUUGGUGCACUAUGGUAGAGUCUUUCUCACCGACUUUGGCCUCUCCUUCGACUUCACGGACGCUGAAGGGAGCAUGACGACCAGCAUGGUAGUUGGGUGGACCCGAAAAUACGGAGCACCUGAGGUGGCGUUUCAAGAACCUCGAAAUACUCGGUCUGAUAUAUGGAGUCUAGGGGUUGUCUUUCUUGAAAUGGUAGUAGUUCUUAAGGGGAAAUCCGUUGAGGAAAUGGAAGCCUUUUUUGCGACUCACGGAUCAAGGAGACAGUUUGCCUUUUCGAACCUUACUGCAGUAUAUGAGUAUAUUAGAGAACUAAAGCAUACGGGAAGGAAAUCAGAUAACGUGACCCUAGAAUGGGUCGAGCAGAUGCUUCAAGAAGAUCUCCUGCUGCGUCCCACCGCGACUCAAUUGAUGGGUUCCAUAACGGGUGGUGGACAAGAUGACGAAAUAUCAGGAUUUUGUGGGAUAUGCUGUUCUUCACUCGACGAUAGUGGUAACGAGAGUGGUGCCGAUGAUGAAUAA